UAAAAAGACUGGGUAAACUUUGUAAGUUAGUUAACGUUAACGUUAUAUAUAGUUAGCCACCUUCUGUUUGGUUGUCUAACUUUGAAGCAGGCACCCUGCUAAGCUAAGCUAGCUGAUAAGCUAACUAACUAGUUAAGCUAGCUAAUGUGUGUUAAGCUAAUAAUGUCACGGAAAUAAUGUUAUUUCCUUAAGAUAACACAGACAGCCCGUAUCUUGUACCGUACGCCACCAGUAUUACAGGUAGCUAACGCUACUUCACAGGAAUUGACCCCAAAAGAAUGUAUUUUAAACUGCAGGCUGUGAGAAAGGCAGUUAGCUAGUUGGUUAGUGGUUAUUCUGUAGCUAAAUGUCAGUCAGAGAAACGUCAGUUUCGGUUUGAGAGUGGAGAGAGAUAGAGACAGAGGGGGCGGGGCUUACGCGCUGUGUGACGCAGCACGCACCUGUACGCCACAAGUUCCUCUAUAGAGAUUUAUUUUAAAAAAAAAAAAAACAAACGCUCUUAAUAAUUUAAAGACACUUUAAAUUGUUGUUUGCAUAGUUUGCAUAAUAUCUUCAGAGAACCUUACCAACAGAACAGGACGCCAGCGAUACAGAGGGCUUCAGCACCUGAGCUGAAUGGUGAAAAUGCAGCACACAUGAUAUCGAGAUAUCACCAAACGUUGAGCAUGGCUGGAUGUAAAGGCAAGGCGCCAUCCAGCAAAGCCAGGCUUUGAGCCAUACCUCCAGCUGUUCUCUCCAUAUAUCUUCAUCCGCCCUGUACACACACUCUCCCACAUCCCCCUUCAGCCUGGUUGCAACAGGUGAAAAUGACCACGCCGAGGAAGCACUUAGUCAAGGAUUUCAACCACUUCAUCACCUGUUAUGUGUGUAAAGGAUAUCUGAUCAAGCCCACCACCGUGACAGAGUGCCUGCACACCUUUUGUAAAAGCUGCAUCGUCCAGCAUUUCGAAGACAGCAACGACUGUCCCAAAUGCGGCAUCCAAGUGCACGAAACAAACCCACUGGAAAUGUUGAGAUUGGACAACACUUUAGAAGAAAUCAUAUUCAAGCUUGUGCCUGACCUUAGAGAAAAGGAGCAACAGCGGGAGAUUGAAUUCUGGAAAAGGAACAAGUCAAAAGAAAACGGUGAUGAUGAUGGCCCCAGGUGUAAAAGGGCGAAGCUGGAUGACGACCUUGAUGACCGAGGGGACGGAGACUACCAUAGAAGUGAUCCUCAGAUAGCCAUCUGCCUGGACUGUCUACGCAACAACAGUCAGCUGGGAGAGAAUAUUGUAAAGGGCUUAAUGAAGAAAUUUAUUCGCUGCUCAACCCGAGUCACAGUCGGAACAAUCAAGAAGUUCUUAAGUCUAAAGUUAAAGCUUCCAAGUUCUUAUGAGCUAGAUGUUCUAUGCAAUGGAGAGAUCAUGGGGAAAGAUCACACCAUGGAAUUCAUCUACAUGACGAGAUGGAGGCUUCGGGGUGAAAAUGACUACCCAAUGGUACUUGAAUAUCGACCUCGAAUUGACUUUGGCUAGAUGAUGAGCUGAUGCUCCUGCACUACUUUCAGCCUAUCAGCACACAGAACAGUGAAUGGUCGUGCUACACAGUAGCGACUCAAACACACCAGUCUACUUUCUUUUACAUUUUUUUUAGCAGUUCCUCUCCAGGAGUUUUUACUCACUCUUCAGAUUUCCCAGCACAGCAGGGACUGGAACUCUUGGUGCCCCGGAUUGUUGGAAGGAUGUUUGUUUGCCAUGUGUGUGUCUCGCUCUGUUUGCUGGUCUAGCAGCAGAACUGUUGACGUACGUUUUCACGGGCCCAGGAGAGGAGUCUCCAACUCUUCAAGUGCAUUCAGUCGUUAUGUAAGUUGCUUGUAUAUCAGUAACUAUUAUAGUGCCUUUUCCACACAUUGUGUUUCAGUGAUGAUAGUCACUGAUCCCAGGAGCCUUGUUUCUGUACAGAUAGGCCUGUGUAAUCUGAAUUCUGUUCAUUGUGUUCAUAUAAAAAUACACACAGUGAAGUGUCUUAUCAGCCCCAGUCUUCAUCUGGUAUUAUUAAAAUAAGCUACUUGUGUCAAUUUCAUAUUUUUAUUACAUCCCUCGCUGCCUCGUACUGUACCUGACCCGUAAAGGACAGCAGUGUCUACAGUAUCUACUGGGAUUUGUUCCAAUAUGUUUUUUUUGUUGUUUUUUUUUAUGAAGAAGGAAGCUUUAUUAUCAGCAGUAGAGAAAGCAUGCAGGCGUUCACUAGAGUGAAAGAAGGAAUAGAUUCAUACGUUAUACAACUGUUUAGAAUUACCAUCUGGAGUUUAUAUAGUUUAGCCAGUUACAGUAACUAGCAAAAGUAUAGACAACACAUUUUUGCACUUUUUAUUAUGCAAUUGCCUUUUUUUCUUACAGGUUUUAAUUUUUCUGUGUUAAAAGCAAACAGAUUCAUUGGUCUUUCAUGUUUGAUCUUGACCUCCACAGUUCCCCUGAACAGUGUUCUGCACCGUAAAAUCUUUCUUUAGUGGGAAAAUACUGCUAGUCACUGCAGCUCCAAAUAGACAUUGUGAAAUUAAACAAAACAUUAAUUGUGGCAUGUAUAAGAAAUAUGACAACUUUAUUUUUUGUUUGUUUCUAAUCUGCUGAGAAAUCUAAUAUAAUGUAUAUUUAACAACACAUGUAAUUAGACCAGGUUUGGGCACCCUUUACCAAAUGACAAUGACUGUUUUCUUUUUUCCACAAUUUAAAUUUAAAUGUAAAACCUUCAAAAAACUUCAAAUUAAUUACAAUUAUACGAUAAAAAUAUUAUUUAAUAUUGAUAGCUAAAAUACAAGAGUUUGGUGCAACUGUAGAAAAUACAUAUCCAUACAUCUGUAUUAUACAUGUGUAGUUUAGUUUUAGCAGUUUUUUUUUUAAGCCAGAAGUUGCACUCAUAGCUUUAGCAUGCACCAUUUGAUACUGUUUGCAGCAGUAAAAACGAAGGUAUACCCUUAAAUGUUAAAUCCAUAAUUAAUUGGACUCUAAACUUUUGUCUGUGUUAAAGCAAACAAAUUAAUUAGUCUUUUUUAGAUCUGAUCCUGACCUCCACAGUUCCCCUGAACAGUGUUCUAAGCCGUAAAAUCUUUCUCUAGCACUGGUACAAUCUUUGAAGAGCCACAGAAUUUAUAAAACUUAUGGAAAUUUGAUCAAACUGACGGUUCCUAACUAGAGUUAGGAUAGAAAUGCCUCUGACCCAAUGUGCUAAUCAAGGUCUGAGACCUUGUCUGUGAAAUUGCACAGGGUACAGUUUAUUUUUAAGGCUAUAAAAUAUGGAAAAAAACUACAUUUCCCACAUCUCAGUAAAAAAAAAAAAAGAAAAAGACAAAUGUGUCAUUUAGCCAAGGGUGCCCAAAUGGUCAUAUACAGCUCUGAACAAAAAUGAGACCACUUAAAAAUGAUGAGUUCCUCUGGAAUAUAAUCAAGAGGAAGAUAGAUGAUCACAAGCCAUCAAACCAAGCUGAACUGCUUGAUUUUUUGCACCAGGAGUGGCAUAAAGUUAUCCAAAAGCAGUGUGUAAGACUGGUGAAGGAGAACAAACAUUUCUCAUUUUCUGCAAAGAAAUGCUCUUAAUGACAAUAUUUUUAUUUGGAAUUUGGGAGAAAUUUUGUCCAUAGUUUAUAGAAUAAAAAAACAAUGUUCAUUUUACACAAACAUAUAACUGUAAAUAGCAAAAUCAGAGAAACUGAUUCAGAAACUGAAGUGGUCUCUUAUUUUUUUCCAGAGCUGUAUAUAGUUCUUUCAAAAGUCUUUUUUUCCACAGAUAUGAUUUGAAACCUUUUUAUAGUCCUCACACUUUCAGUGACCCCUGUGGCCUGUAGAUGUGGACACUGGUGUGGUGGACCACACAUCAGGAUGGACAUGUUUAAAGUGAUCAAUCAGAAUAACUUUGCAUUGAUUUAUAGUGACCCUGUUCCCUCAGGGGAAACUGGACCAAAACCAAGGUUUUGAUAUGACAGUGGAAAAAUACUGCUAGUAACUGCAGCUCUAAAUAGACAGCGUUCUGUAUCUGCAUAGUAUUCCAAGCUAUUACUCUCCGCCUCCAGUUUGUUUACAUAUCCUGUCAUGGGAAUGACCCCGAAGAUCUCAAAAGCUUGGGCUGUUUUAUUAUUUUUUUUAAAGCUAAAGUAUCUAUUUUAUUGUACCAUAUAUUGCAUUUUGUUUUUGCUUUUUCAUUGAUCAGAUUACUUUUCUUUGGGGUGUCUUCUUAGGCGUUCUAGCUUUAAAAUGAGGCCUGCUAUCCGGUGUCAUGUCAAAAAAUGCUCAAAGUGUCCAAAUGUCUAUUAAUUAUUGAAGGCAGAAGCUGAGGGGCUUUCUUCUGCUUUAUCCCACUAUUUUUCAACCAUAUAAUCUCAAAUCCCAAACUGUUCUAAGGUUAGAGGAUUUCACCAAAGACACAAAGCCUUGGGCUAUGUUCACACAGCAGGUAAACGUGGCCCAAACUUUGACAAAACAUUUUUUUCAUAUGUGACACAGAUAUGUGGCAAAACACUGAAUUUGAUGUAAUUAAUUCUGAUUAGGCCACUUUAAUAUGAGGAAAGCCAACAGAUCAGAAUUCAUGUGACUUUUAAUUCAAGGAGAAGGAAAAAAUGGAUGUUAGGGAAUGACAGGAAUUCUGGUUCAGAAUUACAGUACUACAAUAAAUUAAAGCCAUAUUAAAACCACAAAAAAAAAUGCAAUAGAUCAUCUAUAGCCCUAUCCUGACGGGAUUCGUUUUUCAAGGGGUCUCAUUUUCUCUUUUAUGGGGGGUCCUCUGUGAAAUUUACAGGCUGAAUUACCUACUGUUUUUCGCUGAACUCCGUCCGGACGCACAUCUGAGUUUCGUCACCUCCCAUUUAAUAAAAUAGCUAUUUGUCCACUGCCAUGCACCAUAAUUACACUUUGGGCGCACGUUUCCACAGAGAUCCACGUAAAAACAACAGCGGGUGGAAAUGAAGUAGCUACUGAACGUGAUUUUGUGACCGAAAAGCCAAAAAACUCACUGGUCCUCCUGUUUUUUUAAUUGCAGUACGGAAGCAAGAGUUUUAUCACUGAGUAGAAGUGUGAAAUAUUUUUCACAGACGUCCCCCUGAGAAACUAAUCCCAUCCAGAUAGGGCUUUUGACAUUAAAUAUUCAUGUAAAAAUCGUUUUAAUUAUUUCGGUAAACAAACAAAUGCUAAGGCUAAGCUGUCAACUCAGCUAAGCUUACUAAAUCUACGUUUUAGUUUCCCAACGUUUUAUACCUUUUCAUUUGUGCAAGGAGGUCAUAAAAAUCUACUUGAACCUGUAUAAAAAAAUAAUCCUAUAGGAAACACUGAGACUUCACAUUUAGUAUAAAUAUUUGGGUUGAUCAAACUAAAUAGAAGACCCAUAUUGCAACCCCUCUGUAUUUGAAGAAACGUAAAAAAAAAAAAAUCAAAAUGCAGCCAUAUGAAAACAUUGUUGAAAGAAAAUAAAAAGGUUAAAAGCUAAAGUACAGAGAUGCAAACCAAAGAAGUGGGCAUGGCCAAAUAACGUGCCCUUUUUAGAGAAUGCGUGAACGCUUGUAGGUGCAUGAACUUUUCAAACAAAUGUCAGAUAUUGAUAUUAUUAAAAUAAAAUUUAUGCCACUUUACCUGCUGUAGGAACAUAACUUAUGGCCUUCUCGAAAUUAAAGCUAAAACAAUGAACUAAACUUGCCUUACAGCUGCAGCAUUCACAGAUGCUUUAAAAGCCUAGCAAAACAAGUAUGUAGACAUUAUUUCAUCCAAAAUUCACAAGCUUCCGUAUGUUUUUGUUUGACUAAUUAUUUUUUUCAUGAAACCAAUUUUGAUGGAUUUUUACAGAUAAAGGUCAGAACCGUUCAUAAACUGUAAUUGAAGCCUAAGAAUGAAGCCCUUUCUGGUGAGUUCAUUAAUGUGUGUAUAUCAGUAUGUAUGUUUGGGGGGAAAACACCAGUAGGCUAGUGGUUUAAUGUGGUAGCUGAAUAAAUGUUUAGACCGAAUAAUCCUUGAAAUGUCCUUGUGCUGCAAUGAAUUAUAUGUAUUUUUGUAACAAGAAGCACUUGUAGAUAUAUAAAAAAAAGUUGUAUGUUUAACAAACAUAAGAUGCUGCUUAGAAUAAUCUAUUUUUCAAUGUAAAUGUGCCUGAGAUCAUUCCUAUAGAGAUUAGAUAUGUACAUACUGUAAGCGACUUAUUAUAUAUGUGAAGCAUUGUUUAAAUACAUGCCGGUCGAUGAAUGAAGAAUUGCCUGUGUUGUUAUUUGGAUUACACAGUAUUUGAAUAAAAAAACAACCUGAAUUAUAAAAACAA